CUUAUAUGGCAACUGUAACUAACUUGAAGAACCCUUUGAACAAGUGGCGUUGUGGCGCUGCUCCUAUAACGAGCAUGAUGACCGUUAAGCGCUACGGUCGUGGCCAUGGGGCUGUGACACUGGGAAAACCGGCUCUACAUCCAGCAGCUGUGGAUUUGAAGGGCAAGUCAUAUGAGCUGUUGAGACAAAAUGGAACCAAAUUUUUGAUGGACGAUGUCUAUAGAAACCCAGGCCCCCUUCAGUUUGAAGGUCCUGGGGCUGAUGCAAAGGCCGUAACCCUGUGUGUUGAGGACCAAGAUUACAUGGGUCGUAUCAAGAAAUUGCAGGGACACCUCGAUAAGGUGCGUUCCAUAGUGAAACCAGGGUGUUCUCAAGAUGUUCUUAAAGCUGCUUUGAGUGCCAUGGCUUCCGUGACUGACAUUCUGUCUGUGAUGUCCUCACCUACAAGCGGGAGCACUCCAUACUAAUUAUUCUCACAUCCUUCCUUCAAGAAUCUGUUUGUCGAACACUUUCAGAACAAAUUCCUCGUCCACGGUAGAAUUGGGACAAAAUCCCUCGUCUGCAAAGAACUGACAGAAGUAUGGAAUUUAGAGGGAUUUGAUCCGAUUGAAAUUGUAGUGUUCUUAAGAGCAUAGUGGACUAGAGAAUCUGCAUUAUCCUUUAGCCGAUAUUUUGCUGAUAGACAUCUAAGUCACUUUUUAUUUAAACAUUUUAAGGGACCUAUGAGUACGAAAUACUUAUUUGCAGCUCAUUUCUAUCUAUUAUAAUUGAAGGGUUCA